AUGGGCUUCACAGCCAAGAUCCCCCUCAAGCGGGUGGACGCCUUCCCGAAAACCAUCGACGACUUUCGAGUGCGCACAAACUUCGGCGCCAUCUUGACUUUGGUGGCGUCGCUUUUGGUGGCGGCCCUCUCGGUGGCGGAAAUCGCGCGUUUCAAAUCCCGCGACAUCCAGGCCGAUCUGGUGGUGGAUUCCAAGCGCACGGAGAAGCUGGACAUCUACUUCAGUGUGACCUUCCCCCGGAUGCCGUGCUUCGCCCUGACGGUGGAUGUGGUCGAUGUGGCCGGGGAGCACCAGACGAACCUCGAUUCGAGCCUGAUGAUGACACAGCUCCGGCCGGAUGGCAGUGAAAUUGAUGAGGCCAUUCAACCGGGGGCCGAUCGCUCGGCCGUCUACUCCCCGCCACCCCCGGGAUACUGCGGCCCCUGUUACGGGGCCUCGGACCACUCGACCCACUGUUGCAACUCCUGUGAGGAUGUCCGCCGGCUGUAUGUUGCUCGGAAGUGGGCCUUCACCGAUCAGAUCGCCGCAUCCAUGGAGCAAUGUGUGCGCGAGGCUUGGUCCAGCGAGGGGAAGCGCCAACAGGGCCAGGGAUGCCGCGUCCAUGGGACGGUCACCGUCAACAAGGUCCAGGGAAAUAUGCACAUUGUCCCGGGCAAGUCCAUGCACGAGAAGAAGGUCCAUGUCCACGACAUCAAGGAGGUCAUUGGCCAGAUGAAUGGGCGCCUGCUUGACUUCUCGCACCGGAUCGAUGCCCUGUCCUUUGGAUCGCCCUUUGGUCAUGGAGCCGGACCGGGGGCCACCCACGAGCAGGAGAUCUUCCCGGAUUCGCGGCUGGAGGCCAUCAGCCCGGUGCUGGUGACGCCACUCAGCGGCGCCGAGGAGGUCAUGCCGCAGGGGGCUCUCUCCACGUACCAGUAUUUCCUCAAGAUUGUGGGCACCGACUUGACCCGAUACGACGGGAAGGUGGCUCGGACUUCCUACCAGUAUUCGGCCUCGCUUCACACGCAGAACAUCAUCUCAAGCAACAUGCUUCCAGGCAUCGUCUUCCACUACGACCUGUCGCCCAUGCGGAUCAUCUAUCGCGAGCACCGGCGCUCGAUUGUGUCCCUGGUCACCAGCCUGGCGGCCACGGUGGGAGGGAUCUUCUCGGUGGCAGCCUUCAUCGAUGCCCUGGUUCAUCGGCUUCGGGGCGGGAGCUCGCACCUGGUGGCCGGUGGCACUGGCGGCGGCGGCGGCGGCGGCGGCGGCGGCGGCGGCGGGAGCUUCCUCUCCGGAGGAGGGGCCGGCAUGCCGGCCACAAAGCCCACGGGCUACGGCGGUGCCGUGCCGACUGGGGGGCCGCAUCAGCACCCGGGCUCGGGGCUGGAUUCGGCCACGUCCCCGGCCGCCUACAACUAUGGAUCGUCAUUCAAUCUGCUCAACACCCCGGCCAGCUCCGGGCAGCAGCUUCACCACCUGUCGCCCUACUCGACGGCCCCCAAUUCGGCCGGUGUCUUUGACAAAGACCAAUGA